UUCCUGGCAGCAGCGUUUUGUCAGGGAAAAAAAAAACGCCUAUCGCUUGCAAAGGUGUGUAACACGUUAAGGUGCGCUUGGGUGCAUUUACCGGCAUCCAGUGUUUAGGACUGAACUUAUUUAAUUGGCUGGAAUAAUAUUGUUUUCUUACCAUGAAUAAAAACUAGCUGUGAUUUGUAAUAAUUCUGUGAACUGGUAGGUUCUGGGGACUGUUUUAUGCACUGGAAUGUGUCUUUUUAAGGCUCCAGCUAAAGCAAUGUAUUUGAGGUGGUUCCAGAAGAGCUAUAGGAUAGAUUGUGUUCUGGUAAGGAAAGAGGAAGUGUUAGCAGAUAAGUUGAAAUGAAUGUGUAACGAGCUGAUUGGACAGGUCAUGUGAGCAGACAGAACACUGUAGUGUAGAAGAAUUAGGGAAGUAGUCUUCAGGACAGAGCAGACAAAACAACUGAGACGCAAGCUUUAGACAUUUCAUACCCCAAGCCUAGGGGAUGAGGAGUUUGAGAUACCUCCCAUAUCCUUAGAUUCUGACCCAUCCCUGGCAGUCACUGAUGUAGUUGGACACUUUGAUGACCUUGGGGAUCAUACAGCUGUUCAGCAAGGAGCAUUUGCAGCACAGUAUGGAGUUCAGACUUUGGACAUGCCAGUGGAAAUGUCCCAUGAAGUAAUAGAACAGACUGGUGGACUGCUUGGAACCGGAUUAACCAUGGAUUUGGAUCAUCCCAUUGUUACCACGUACAGUGCCAACCCACCAGUUACCAUAGAUGUUUCAAUGACCGAUCUAUCCUCUGGUCUUAUGGCUCACAGUCAGCUUACAACCAUCGAUCAAUCAGAACUGAGCAGCCAACUUGGUUUGAGCCUUGGUGGUGGUACUAUUUUGCCUCCGGUCCAGUCUCCUGAGGAUCACCUGUCACCUACUGCCUCACCAACAAGCUCUUUGCACGAUGAGGACAUGGAAGACUUUAGAAGGAUAACUGCUCCUAAGAAUAUUGUUGUGGAACAAACCAAGAAACCGAAAGCUUCGAAAAAAAGAAAGAAGAAAGAUCCUAAUGAGCCUCAAAAACCUCUUUCUGCAUAUGCUCUGUUUUUUCGUGACACGCAGGCUGCCAUUAAAGGACAAAAUCCUAAUGCCACGUUUGGGGAGGUGUCAAAAAUUGUGGCCUCUAUGUGGGACAGCCUUGGAGAAGAGCAGAAGCAGGUUUAUAAACGAAAAACGGAGGCAGCUAAAAAGGAAUAUCUCAAGGCUUUGGCACUGUACAAGGAAAACCAAAUGUCACAGGUGGUUGUGGAGACUGUGGAUUUGGAUCCUCCUCCUGCUACACCAGCUCUCCUGCCCGAAUCGCCUGUUCAUUCUCCCUCGGUAGCAACUGUAGCCAGUGUACCCCAUAGUGUGUCUUCACCUCCUGUUCAAACAUCUAUUCAAGCACCAACACCCCCACCUGCACCUACUCCUCCACCGCCACAAGCAAUUGCUCCCCAACCAAGCAUUGCCAAAAUAAUCAUCUCCAAACAGAUGCUCCAAGCGGGACAGAUCCCCACAUCUAUCGCUAUGUCUCAGGGCAUGGUGACAGUAAUUCCAGCUACUAUGGUGACUUCUCGUGGAAUACCACUCCACCAACUGCAACCCAGCCCUCAGACGCGAGUCACAAGAUCAGUACUACAGGCAGCGAUGCAGAUGCCUCCACGUCUACAACCGCCACCACUACAACAGAUGCAGCAACCACCACGGCUACAACAGAUGGCACCUUCUCAGCAACCAUCGAUCACUAUUCUGCAGCCACCUCCACCUCUACAGCCAAUGCAGAAAGUGAGGCUUAGUGUACAGCCUCCCCCAUUGCAGAUCAAGAUUAUACCCCCUCCUCUGCAGCCCCAACCACAGACUGUACAAGUCCAAGCACAAACCAUCCCAAUCAUCAGUGUACCCUGUUCACCAGAAGUUCCUGCCUCACCCGAGCAUUUGGAAGUAUUGACAGAAGUUGUACAAGAGGAGUCUUCCCCGCCCCAUAUGGAUGUGCAGCUAGUAAGUGGUUCUCCACCUCGCAGUCCAUCUCCUCCGCCUCGGUGUGUACGUUCGGGAUGUGAGAAUCUCCCUGUGGAAAGCAAAGAUUGGGACAAUGAGUACUGUAGUAAUGAAUGUGUGGCCAAACACUGCAGAGACACCUUCUUGGCUUUUGUCGCUGCACGUCAAGGGACAAUUGCACCUGUAAAAUAACCCAUGAUCCCUUACAUUUCGGUAUUUGUUGGAUCACACAACUCCCAUGGAUCAAGUGAAUUUCCAAGAGACACGUUUUUACUGACUAUAUGUACAUAUUAUGAUAUGUGAGGAAGACUGAAGACUAUAAUGGAUGGAAAAAAUGUACCUACUUUCAUGCGUCUGGGCUAAUGACCUGAUCUGAAUUGGUGGAUGAGACCAGCCUUUGUCUUUGCAGGAAACCCAUUUUUAUUUCCUGCUUCUAAGAAACUUAUUUCCUCUAAAUUAAUGGGAAUUUGUCUGGAGGCCGUAUAGGCAUAUUUCUUGUCUGUUCUAUUAUUGUAAGGAUCAAGGGCAAAGGAUAUUCCCUACAACACCAAGUACAGCCUUGUCUGUUAUUCCGCCAACCAUUGGCUUUUUCACAAUCUCUGGAAUUUUUUUCAAGAAUGCAGUCAUAAAAGGACUAAACAUCUGAAAAAGUAUGAUGAAGAAAAAAUACAUAAAUAAAUCGAUAUGUAUUUUGAAGAAUAUUUACAAAGGUCUCGUCAGUGAAUUAUUAAGCGGUUUGAAAUGGUGUAUUAGUUUGGAUCCAACUUUGAGUCCCUUAGGUGUUCUUCAUGAUGGCUUUUAAGCAUUGAUUCCAAUUGUUUGAUGGCAGAGUUUAUCAUGUUAAAUGAUGCAUACCUUUUGAUUUAUGUAACAAAAGAUAAUAAAGCACGCCAAGAUUGUGAAAACACCUGAA